GCGAUCGUGUUCAGAUCUAUAGCUUCAAAUCGGAGCUGAUUUCGAAUUUGGAUGUGAAAUUGAGAUUCUAGGGAUUUUAAUUUUUGGCCGAUCAUGGCGACGAGGAAUCGUACGUUACUGUUUAGGAAGUACAGAAACUCUCUGAGGAGCGUCAGAGCUCCAUUGUCGUCAUCUUCAUUGACGGGAACACGAUCCGGCGGCGUUGGUCCAGUGAUCGAGAUGGCGAGUACUUCGUUAUUGAAUCCGAAUCGCUCUUACGCUCCUGUUAGUACCGAAGAUCCAGGAACUUCUAGUAAAGGUGCGAUAACAGUGGGAUUACCACCAGCUUGGGUUGAUGUAUCUGAGGAGAUAUCUGUGAACAUACAGCGAGCAAGGACUAAAAUGGCGGAGUUGGGAAAGGCUCAUGCCAAGGCGUUAAUGCCAUCGUUUGGUGAUGGUAAAGAAGAUCAACAUAAUAUUGAGUCUUUGACACAGGAGAUAACCUUUCUAUUGAAGAAGUCUGAGAAGCAACUUCAGAGGCUUUCUGCUGCUGGGCCUUCUGAAGAUUCGAAUGUUAGGAAGAAUGUGCAGCGGUCUCUUGCCACUGACCUCCAACUUCUUUCUAUGGAGCUCCGCAAAAAACAGUCAACAUAUUUGAAACGCUUGAGACAGCAAAAAGAGGAUGGGGUGGAUUUAGAGAUGAAUCUGAGCAGAAACAGAUAUAGACCUGAAGAGGAUGACUUUGGCGAUAUGUUAAACGAGCAUCAGAUGUCCAAGAUAAAAAAGAGCGAGGAAGUAUCGGUAGAGAGGGAGAAAGAGAUACAACAGGCAAGUGCUUGCACUUUGUCUAUGUUCUUAGUUGUUGUAGAAUCAGUAAACGAUCUUGCUCAAAUCAUGAAGGAUCUUUCUGCACUUGUGAUAGAUCAGGGUACAAUAGUUGAUCGGAUAGACUAUAAUAUCGAAAACGUCGCUACUACUGUUGAAGAUGGUCUCAAACAACUGCAGAAGGCAGAGCGAACGCAGAGACAUGGAGGGAUGGUGAAGUGUGCGUCCGUGCUUGUCAUCCUCUGUUUCAUCAUGCUGCUACUCUUAAUCCUUAAGGAAAUAUUCUUGUGAUCAGAACAACUUCUCUUUCACAGAAAAGGUGAAUUCCAUGGACCAUCAUCCUUGGUUAGAUCAAUAAGAAAAGUUCGAUCCUUAA